ACACUUCAAAAUCUUAAUUCAUAUAGAAAAAUAACAAAUGACCAGUUUAUUAUUGAUAAUAAAAUAAAAGAUUGUAAACGAUUACAAACUAUAAUUUCUUCUACAGCUUCAGUGAAUAAUUCAAUCACUGUAGAUAGUAAUAGUAUAGGUUUAACUAUAGUUAAUAAUUCAAUAGAUUCAUCAGUUCAAAAUGUUGUUUCUAAUCAAACAGAUAAUAGUUCCACAGAAAUAUUAUCUACUGGAUUAGCUGCAUUUUCACAGAUUAAACGAAAAUCUGAAUUUAAUAAUAUCAAUGAAAGAAACAAUUUGACCAAUGGAUUUUUUAAUACAAAUAAUAUACCUAGUGAGAGUUCACCAAUAGUCUCUAUAAAUGUAACGUCUUUUCCAGAUCAUUUUAAUCCUCAAUCAAUGGAAUUAGGGUCAGAUUUAGCAACAUUUUCAUACAGUGCACCGUUUAACUACAAUAUGGGUCCAUCGUGUACACCUAUAUUUUUAUCCCUUGAUCCCAGUGCAUCGGAUUCCUUGUUGAUGUCAAAUUCUUUGAUAAACUGUACUCAAGAUAAUAGCAAAUUAUAUGAGGUAAAUGGUGAAAUGUCUGUUACUCCUUUAAUGAUACAUUCACCAACCCCUGUACACACAGACCAGGUUCUAGUUCCAAGCUACGUCCCGGUGCAACAUAUUUAAU